AUGGUCUCCCGGCCCGAGCCGGAGAGCGAGGCCAUGGACGCGGAGCUGGUGGUGACGCCGCCGGGCUGCUCGCACCUGAGCAGCUUCAAGGUGGACAACUGGAAGCAGAACCUGCGGGCCAUCUACCAGUGCUUCGUGUGGAGCGGCACGGCGGAGGCCCGCAAGCGCAAGGCCAAGUCAUGCGUCUGUCACGUUUGUGGUGUUCACCUGAACAGGCUCCACUCCUGCCUGCACUGUGUCUUCUUUGGCUGCUUCACAAAGAAACAUAUUCAUGAACAUGCGAAGUCCAAGCGGCACAACCUGGCCAUAGAACUUAUGUAUGGAGGCAUCUACUGCUUUUUGUGUCAGGACUACAUAUAUGACAAAGAUAUAGAAAUCAUUGCCAAAGAGGAACAGCGGAAAGCUUGGAAAAUGCAAGGUGUUGGGGAGAAGUUUUCAACUUGGGAGCCAACCAAACGAGAGCUUGAACUGCUGAAACACAACCCGAAAAGGCGAAAGAUCACCUCCAACUGCACCAUAGGUCUGCGGGGACUGAUCAACCUUGGAAACACGUGCUUCAUGAACUGCAUCGUCCAGGCUCUCACCCACACGCCACUUCUGCGAGAUUUCUUCCUCUCCGACAGGCACCGGUGUGAGAUGCAGAGCCCCAGCUCAUGUCUGGUCUGUGAGAUGUCGUCACUUUUUCAGGAGUUUUACUCGGGGCACCGCUCCCCCCAUAUCCCGUACAAGUUGCUGCACCUGGUGUGGACUCACGCGCGGCACCUGGCGGGGUACGAGCAGCAGGAUGCGCACGAGUUCCUCAUCGCAGCCCUGGACGUCCUGCACCGACACUGCAAAGGUGACGAUAAUGGGAAGAAGGCCAACAACCCCAAUCACUGCAACUGCAUCAUAGAUCAAAUCUUCACGGGCGGGCUGCAGUCGGACGUCACCUGCCAAGUCUGCCAUGGAGUCUCUACCACCAUAGACCCCUUCUGGGACAUCAGUUUAGAUCUGCCUGGCUCUUCCACCCCGUUUUGGCCCCUGAGCCCAGGGAGUGAAGGCAGCGUGGUGAAUGGGGAAAGCCAUGUAGCAGGAACCACUACGCUUACGGACUGCUUGAGGAGGUUUACCAGACCAGAGCACUUAGGAAGCAGUGCCAAGAUCAAGUGUAGUGGCUGCCAUAGCUACCAGGAGUCCACCAAGCAGCUCACCAUGAAGAAACUGCCCAUUGUAGCCUGUUUUCAUCUCAAACGAUUUGAACACUCGGCCAAGCUGAGGCGGAAGAUCACCACAUACGUGUCAUUCCCCCUGGAACUGGACAUGACCCCCUUCAUGGCAUCCAGCAAAGAGAGCAGGAUGAAUGGACAGUACCAGCAGCCAACGGAUAGUCUCAACAAUGACAAUAAGUACUCCUUGUUUGCCGUAGUUAACCACCAGGGGACCCUGGAGAGUGGCCACUACACCAGCUUCAUUCGGCAGCACAAGGACCAGUGGUUCAAAUGUGACGAUGCCAUCAUCACCAAGGCCAGCAUUGAGGACGUGCUGGACAGUGAGGGAUACCUGCUGUUCUACCACAAACAGUUCCUGGAGUAUGAGUAGCCUUAUCUGCAGUUGGUUUGAAAACAAUGAAGGCGAUCAGUUGGCUAGCCUCACAGAAUGAUCCCCAUUCUCCCCGUCAUGAAGCCACCACCCACACAGAAGUGCCCCCCGAGAACAUCGGAUUCCUCUGUGGUCUGGGCCCCACCACAGCCACAAUUGGUGCCUGGGCUCGUGCCGUCUGCAUGGACAAGCGCUGUGCUUGGAACCAGGCUCCAGGACCCGCAUGACAGAAGCAGCCAAAUGGCAGGCGCGCUGUGUGCGGGACUGGGCACCUUUGAUGUGUCACUGGCUCUGCUCCGGUGCCCCUCGAGACCACAUGGGGGAGAGUGGGGGUGGGGGGAGGGGGGAGCGGGACUGGUCCCGGUGCUUACACUCGGUGGUGCAGUUUAACAAGGCGCCGGCCUGGUUGAGAGUCAUGGGUCCAUUAAAGCAGCGAAGUACAGGAGCCACAGACAUCGUGUAAGGACAGAGGACUCCACAAAGCAUCUUUCUCUGUGAGUUUAGUAUUAAAUACAUACAGCGUGGAGCUCUUAACCUCCGCCUUGUCCCCGAGCCUGUGGAACAGAAGACACUAACGGGUUUCCAAGCACGUCUGUUCCACAAAUAACUUAGCAUCAAACUGCAUGUGGAAGCGUCAGCCCAGGUGUUCUCUCUUGUUUUUUUUUAGAAAUAGACAUUUUCUGAGCUCUCUCCCCUUUUCUCUCUUUUUCCACAAUGGUGAUUUUCAUAAACGUAAUGGUAGUAACGUGAAUGAAUUAUUGAAUUUAUACUGAAAUUUAUUAGAUUGUUUUCCUUUAUUCUCGAGAGUGAAUCUUGCUUUUUGAUCGGUGGUGGUUUUGUUGCUCCCCUUCCCUUUCGAAGCAUCGAUGUCCUGGUUAAGACGGGUGCAGCGGACAAGAGUCAGGCUGAGGCUAACAGGUAUCUCCUAGGAAUCUUUGGAGUGAAUGAAGGGUCCAGUGGCUUCAUUGUCCCCUUCCUCCUAUUUGCUUCCUGGCCACCUGUCCCACUCACUGUCCCUGUCGUUGCAUGGCGGCUCAUGUGUGGGAGGGAAGCCGGGGUGGCUUCCAGCGGAGUCUGCAUGCCAGUGCUGUUGCCUCUGCUUUACCUUUGAUGUUGGUUAAACCAUAGUGGGGAGAUGGCUUUGUGAUGAGCCGGUCAGAAGAGGGAGGAGCCGCCUGGGGAGAUGGAACAGUUUGCAGUGUUCCUUGUAAGAUAUCUUGCAUGCAUCUGUCUGGUCACACCCACACGUAGAUUGUCCAUUUCUGAGAACUUAACCCAGAGAUGUAAGGGAGGAGAAACUGCUUUACUGUAGUUCUUAGAACACGCACUGCUUGCCCUGGGAGCCCCUCUGUUUCAGGCUCACCACAAAUUUUUUUUUUUUUUUUUGUAAAGAGCCAGAGAGUAAAUAUUUGAGGCUUUCUGGGCCAUGUGGUCUCUGUCGUAGUUAAUACAUAAACAGAUGAGCAUGGGUGUGUUCUAAUAAAACUUUUUGUGGAUACUGAAAUUUGAUAAUUUUCACAUAUCAUGGAUUUUUUUCCCCCCUAUUUAAAAAUGUGCUAACUAUUCUUAGCUGGUAGGCCAUACAAAAAUAGUGCUCCUAAUCUGGCUCACUAGCUGGUCAGGUUAGGAGGUGGGUAGGAGCAGCAGCAGCUGGGUAGUUAUUGCUCAAUGUGGAAGACGCUAGAAUACAUGAAACAACGAUCCAUAGCUGCAGCAGCAUCAUAUAUGACAAAGUCCUUAGUGAUGCAGCUUUUAAAGUACUUGCUCAGUUCAGGCUCAAUGUGUUUCUGCAUUUUAGGAAUAUGCAUUUUAAGAUCGUCAUCAUCAGAAAUAUGGGUGGGUGCUGGUUUUCAAACCCCACAUGCCUGAGCCAUGUGUGUGUGUUUGAGAGAGACUUGGAGAUUUCUUUUUGGGAGAGCCAUUGCCUUUUCUUAAGAAGCAAAAAGAGGAGCUGACUAAAGCUGACCUGCAGAGUUCUGAGCCAUGAACUUUGCUACCUUGUGACCUGGCUCUACUGGAUUGUCCUGGGUUUUCUGAUAGGUUCCCUGUGGUCAGCCGGCCCUGCUUCCCACAUCUGUUUCUGCUUAUGUUCAGGAGGGUUCAGCUGUUCCAAGAGCAUGAAGUCUGAGGACAGUGAGGCCACGUUUAUCUUUUGUAGACAGGAUUUUAAUAAAUGUUUAUAUCCAGAUUCAUUCUCGUUAUUCCCUGUUGGCACUAGGGUUCCAACUAGUCACCUGUCUGUGUGCCACUGGGAAGCUCCCAUGACUGCAGGCACCAUGGGCAGUGCUGCCAGCAGGACAUCCUGCCACCGCCAAGUGUGCUGGGAUUUACCUUGUUACCAACAAAAUACUCUGAUGGGCCUGGAGUUUUUCUCUUGCUCCCAAGCCAGUUAUUCGAUUCAGGAAAAUGGCUUCCUUGUUUCCUAGUAACCACCCCUGUGUAUGUGUUCAGGUCAUUACCAAGUGCAUCUGACACUAAGGGAUCAUUGGGUGAGCCUCUCCUGCACUCCCUCCAGUGGUUUUAAAAUAAGCUGUAUUUCUGAGAUCUUGGCUAUCACUUCAGUGCUUCACAGUGAAACUGGGCUUUUUUUUCCUCUUCUGAGGUCUGAAGUGAGUUCUGAGCAGCGUCUGUGCUGGGAGAGUGGGGGCGAGCUAGGGCCGGGGGUGGGCAGCCCGAGCAGCCGGGCCUCCUCUCCAGGGCGCGGGAUCGCCCAGGCCUCCUUCCUGCGGCAGCGCCCCCACCCCCACAACACAUAGCCCCGUGCUGUUGUCCUUUGGCUUGGUGUGUAUGCUUUCCUUGGGUAAAAUGGCCGUUCUUUUGACAAUUCAAGUGACUGUUUUGUUUACUAUAACCUUGAAAACAAAAACUGUAAGAAAAGAUUCCAAUGAUCGUGCUGUGGAUUUUAUUACCAAGAUGUUUACACCUCCCUUUUACCUGUCAUUUUGAGGAACUGUCGAAUCUUCUCCCUUAAUGGCUUGUAGUCUUUCCUAUGUCAUAAUAAAGCAACAUUUUCUCUGAAAA